AUGAAUCCAUUCGCUGCUUCUCUCCUUGUUGCAUGUUUAUUCAUGCUGGCCAUGACUGUUCAAGUUUUUGCCAUCAAAAUUUCCAAACCAAAUGCAGGUCAAAGAACAUUGAUCACAGAUUCUCUCUCAAUUGAUAUUGAGGGCAAUCAGAAUGUUCCCAAGUUUGGUUAUUCGUUUGCUAAUGAUAGCAGAAUUCAAGGAUUUAAGGUUCAAUUUGCUAGAGCUUCUCAGACCGAUUCUGAUCACAAUGAAAUUCCUUCAACUAAUAUUGCAUUGGCUAGUUUGAAUUAUGAUUUUAGUGAAUUUGUUACCAAUUCUGAUAAUUCUGUUGAUUUUAAUAUUACAUCGAGUGGUGGAAAUCCAACUUUCCAAUUUCGUAUUCAUGUCAAUUCCACCUCUAAAUCAUUCAAGUUUGACACUGUCAUUUCUGGAGUAACUUGGAAUAAUAAGGCUGCUUACUUGUCAUUGUGUUAUAAGGUGUUAGAUAGAGAUUCUGGUAAUGGAAUCAAUGCUGCUAAUUCAACUUCAACUCGUGCUUCAUUUGGAAAGGGAUAUUUCGAUAUUGAGCCACGUGCUUUGGCAAUCAAUGGAACAAGUGUCAAGGCAGGUUUGAGAAAUUCUGGUAAUACCAUUUGUGUUGAAUAUGAAAAGUGGGAUGGCACUUUGGUGCAUGAUCCAACUCUUGGAUACUCAACAAGUGUUUCAGUUUCUUUUGCAAGUGCCAAUUCAUUUUCCUUGCUUGUAGUUCUUGUUGCUUUAAUUGCAUCACUUUGGUAA